GCGGACGCCGCGCGGCUGCUGUUCGCCGCCAUGGCCGACGCGUUCCCCGCCUCGUCCCUGACCGCGAGGACGGCGCCCAGGACGGCCAAGGAGGAGCUUCUGGCCGCCGAGGCCAGCAUGUCCGCGGACCAGCUGAUCCAGCACUGGGGCUACCCGGGCGAGCGGCACAGCAUCCCCACGGAGGACGGCUACCUGCUGACACUCCAGCGCAUCCCCUGGAGCCGGGACGCGGGGCAGGCGGAGCAGGCAGGGCAAGCGGCGCAGGCGGGGCAGGCGCGGCCCGUCGUCCUGCUGCAGCACGGCCUCCUGCAGACGGCGGACCAGUGGCUGCUGCGCGGCCCGGGGCAGGACCUGGCCUUGCUGAUGUCCGACCAGGGCUACGACGUGUGGCUGGGCAACUUCCGCGGCAACACGUACUGCAAGAACCACAUGACCAUGUCGAAGGACAACGCGCAGUUCUGGGACUUCAGCUGGCACGAGAACGGCUUCUACGACCUGGCCGCCACCAUUGACUACGUGCUGGCCGUGACGGGGCAGCCCUCCCUGUCGUACAUCGGCCACUCCAUGGGCACGACGGCGUUGCUGGUGCUGCUGGCCACGCGGCCCGAGUACAACCGGCGCGUCCGCGUUGCCUCCCUCCUCGCCCCCGUCGCCUACUUCUCGCGGCCGCGAGGGCUCACCGCCAUGCUGUUCCCCAUCACCAGGAAGAUCGAGCACGACGUGCGCGCCGUGCACAUGGAGCUGCUGCCCCUGGGGUCGGUGCCUCGCAGCGCCGUCGGCGCCCUCUGCCGGCCGGGCGCGCCCACCGCCACCCUCUGCAUGGCGGCCUACUCGCACACCACGGGGCCGGACCCGCGCCAGAUGAACGCGACGCUGCUCCCCACCGUGCUGUCUCACGUUCCGGCCGGGUCCUCGCUCGGCCAGUUCGUCCACUACGCCCAGGUGCAGAAGUCAGGCUUGUUCCGGCAGUACGACCACGGCGUGCGCGGCAACACGCUGCGCUACGGCCAGCCCCAGCCCCCCCUCUACAACCUGAGCAGCGUCGUGGCACCCGUCCUGUUCCACUACUCCACGGGCGACUACCUGGCCCACCCCAAGGACGUGGAGCGGCUGAUGGGUGAGGUGGCCGGGACGGCGGCCGCCUACAAGGUGCCCUGGAAGAACUUCAACCACGGCGACUACAUGUGGGCCGUGGACUCUUACGACCUGCUGUACAAGACGGUGCUCAAGAGCAUGCGCGAGUUCUGAGCGCCCCGUGGUCUGCACGCUGGAAAACAGCGCUCCCGCACCCAGGCGAUCACAACGAACCUCUCUGGAAGCCGCGGUGGCAGCGGCAUUGCGAGUCAGUGUGUAAGCCGGCGCUGUUGUGCGAGAGCGCUGCAGUGAGCUGCAGUGCGCUACAGUGCACCGCACACCGGCGCAGCCAGGGCGCAGCCGGAGGGUCGUUCCGACCGCCCGUCCUCAGGGGUUGGACAGGCGUGCACGAAUCCCCCGACCGGGUGGACCGCGGCGGAUCGCCGAGUCGAGAGGCCCCUCGACGGAAGUGGGUCAGGCCGUCGGGCCGCCAGGCCGCCAGGCCGAGUGCAGCGAGGACAAAACGAUCCGCGCGCACCGCGCUCGCCGCCACCACACCCGUAAUCCUGUCUGUGAUAAAAGCCUCGCGCUGUGAUACACCAACCGGGUAGUUUAGCAGAGCGCGCUCGUUAAAACUUCUGUCCCGCGCUUAUUAUUAUUCCGCGUUUCGAGUUUGCGUUCCGGCCGGGUGCGCUCCGCACGUGCGCGGCACGGUUCUUGCUUUUCCCAGGUAGCCUACCUACAACGUGAUAAAGAAAUUAGGAAAAGGUGUCUCUGACAAAAAUGACGGCAAAGUUCAAUUGUAAAUGCGGGAAGAUUGUUCGUUAAAGUCGAAGAAUCUUCGCAGAUUUACGAAGAAUCUUGGUAAAUUACCGACAAUCUUCGUAAACUACCGACCAUAUAGGUAAAUUACCGACAAUUUUCGUAAAAUCCAAAAAAAACCUCGUGAAUUUGCUAAGGCGUCUUCGGCGGCAACAUUUUGGCAGAAAAACCUGCGUAAAUUCCGAAAAUUAGUUUGAUAGUUUUAGGGUACAAAAGACACGGGCGUUUUACCGGGAAUUACUGGGAAAACCAGGAACCACGUGGAGUGAGCGGCCGGAACGACCCACCCCUGUCCAUGGGUGGCGAACUUCUCACGGAUCGCCUACGUUUUAUGUUGUAAAAUUACGACCACAAACAGUUCUGACAUUACUCUAUUUUAUUUUUUUUCAAAUUUUUAGCUGCAAUGUUUCUAUGCAAUUUUUUUUAAUAAACCAUAAAACUCUGA